UUUUUUUUUUUGUUUUCUUUUCCCUUUUCUACUAUUAUCUUAGAUCUUUAUAGAGAUAUGAAUAGUGAACUUGAUGAAAGUGUCACUAGGAUUCAAGAGUUACAUCAAGCAGAAAAAAAAUUGGUUCAACUAGUGGAAACAGCAGGGGAAGCUUUAGCCGUGUUAACUGACGAUGGUCCAAGUGACGAAGAUGCUGAAUUAGCUAUUCGUGAACGUAUUGGAGAAUUCACUGAUCUAGCUAAUAAAUACUUCUCUCUAGUCAACGAUAUUCAACUUACUAUCAGACAACAAGUACAUUUCUUAACACAAACAGCAAGUUUACCAAGUACAACAAAAACAAUACCAUUCAGACUUUCUGUAGCUGGUGAACAAAAAGAACUCGAAAUAUGGACCAAUGCUUUGACUACUUUACAACAACGAAUGGAAGACAUUAAACGUAUACCCCAAGCAUAGUUAUCAUGAUUUUAGUUUUAGUCCACCCGUUUUUUUUUUUUCUUAUAUACAUAUAUAUACAUAUUAUUAUUCAUUCAAAAAAAAAAAUCAUUU